UAUUUGGCAUGCCCAUCGAUCGGUUGGCCAAGAGCGAUUGCGAGAGAGGACCGAGUACCAUUAAUUUGCAAGGAGGCUAUCCUUUCAUGCCCGGCGAGAGCAAGGACGAAGGCGGAGCAAAAGAUCGAGCAGGAUGAGCACGAUGAGGUUGGGACUGGCGCUGCUGCUUCUGUUGGCCACCGCCUCACAGAUGUGGCAACCGGUCCAGGGACGCCGUAAAAUGUGCGGCGAAGCGUUGAUCGAGGCUCUGGAAAUGAUCUGUGUUAACGGCUUUUCGCACAGAGUACGCCGAAGUGAUGGAGCAAAGGAUAGAGUGCGUGCUCUGAUUCGAAAGCUUCAGCAGCCGGAAGAGGAAAUGGAAACGGAUAGGGAAUCUGAAACUGAUACGGAUAAGGAUCAGGAUAGGAAUAAGGAAACUGAACCACCGGCUGGCAGAAGUGGACGCAAAUUGCGGCGCCACCGGCGCAGAAUCGCCCACGAGUGUUGCAAGGAGGGCUGCACCUACGACGAUAUCCUCGAGUACUGCGCCUAAUGACCACCACUCACCACUCACCAGUUACCAGAUUCAGAUCCUUCAAUCCAAGAAAAAAAAAAAAAAAAAAGAGAACCAGAUGAACCCGACUUGGCUGAGAUUUUUUAUGGCGGCAGUGGGCGAAUUCGGGGGCCGAAUGACGUGGACUUUUCCUUAAAUGGCUUUUUGCAAUUCAUUUUCCUACACUUAACCCCUAACUAUAGAACCUAAUCGUAUUUCCAAAUAUUUUCAUUGUAAAAUUUCCUAGUGGAAGCAAAUAAAGUUAACUCUACAAGCAGCAGCAGCAACAAAA